GCAGCUUUCUUGCUUUCCCGCGCGAAUUGCUAUGAAAGCCAAGAGCACAUCGCCGGUCAAACAUUCAACAAACGUCGCAGUCGCCGUGUUGUGUAAAUAAUAUUUUGUGAAAAUAGCAAGCGGAAUCCGCGAGUAAAGAAAAUGGAUACGGUCGAUCGGGAUCAAAGGCUGGAGGAGAUACAGAGGGAAUACGUGGAUUUCCUUGACGACACGGAGGACCAAGGUAUUUACACUAGUCUGGUUAAAAAUAUGAUCGAAGAAAAUAAGCAGAGGUUGUACGUAAACGUCAACGACUUGAGAAGAAAGAAUCCUGGUCGCGCAGCAAGGUGCAUGCGCCUAUUGAACAAUUCGUUUGAAGAACAUCAAGCUUUCCAGAAUGCUCUGAAGCAAUUCGUCGCAACCAUCGACACCGAUUACGCAAAGGGAAACGUAGAUUUUUUUAUAGCGUUCGAAGGCAGCUUUGGAAACAAGCAUGUCACACCAAGAACGCUCACGUCACGUUAUCUAAGUAAUUUGGUGUGCGUGGAAGGCAUCGUUACAAAAUGUUCCUUGGUGUGGCCAAAGGUCGUAAGAAGCGUUCAUUAUUGCAGUACGACAAAGACAGUUCUGGAAAGGGCUUACACAGACUUCACUUCCUUCGACGCGUUCCCCCAGUCCGCUGUGUAUCCGACAACGGACGAAGACGGUAAUCCCUUGGAGACAGAGUUCGGUCUCUCCGUCUACAAGGAUUAUCAGACGUUGACUAUACAAGAGAUGCCAGAAAAAGCUCCGACCGGGCAGCUACCGAGGAGCGUAGACGUCGUUUGCGACAACGAUUUGGUAGAUCUUUGUAAGCCCGGGGACAGGGUUCAGAUCGUUGGGAGUUAUCGAUGUAUGCCGGGUAAACAAGGUGGUUAUACGACGGGAACUUUUAGGACCAUUUUAAUUGCCAACAAUAUCAUGCAACUGAGCAAAGAGGCUAAUUUAACUAUCUCUCACGAUGACGUUGCGAUAUGUAAAAAGCUCGCCAAGAACAAUCCCUGCAAAGACAUUUUCGAGUUACUCAGCAAGUCGCUGGCACCUACUAUUCACGGGCACGAAUACGUGAAGAAGGCAAUCUUAUGUUUGCUGCUCGGUGGCGUGGAGAAAUUGUUGCCGAACGGCACACGGCUGAGGGGAGAUAUCAACGUUCUGCUGAUCGGUGACCCGUCAGUCGCUAAAUCGCAGCUGCUGCGUUACGUCUUGUACACCGCGCCGAGAGCAAUACCGACUACGGGCAGAGGAUCGUCCGGCGUAGGUUUGACAGCUGCCGUUACCAUGGACAACGAGACGGGAGAACGCCGGCUCGAAGCCGGGGCAAUGGUGUUGGCCGAUCGCGGAAUCAUCUGCAUAGACGAAUUCGACAAGAUGUCGGACAUCGAUAGAACGGCCAUACACGAGGUGAUGGAACAAGGAAAAGUGACCAUCGCUAAAGCCGGAAUACAUGCCAGUCUGAACGCUCGCUGUUCGGUAUUGGCAGCCGCCAAUCCGGUCUACGGAAGAUACGAUCAAUAUAAAACACCGAUGGAGAAUAUCGGUUUGCAAGAUUCGCUCCUUUCACGUUUCGAUCUGUUGUUCGUCAUACUGGACAUCGUCGACUCCGAACAAGAUCACAUAAUAAGCGACCACGUGGUUAGGAUGCACAGGUAUAGAAGUGCAACGGAACAAGAUGGCGAUGCUUUGCCGCUGAACACCAAACUGGACAUGUUGACCACGAAGAAUCCGGAUCAAAUCCUUGCCGAAGGAGCGGACACCCAGGUUUAUCAGAAAUACGAUCCUCUGUUACACGGCUUGUUGCGAUCGAGAAGCGAUCAGAUUCUAAGCAUAAACUUUAUGAGGAAGUACAUCCACAUAGCUCGCUGCAUGAAACCGAAGCUUACGGAAGAAGCUAGCAAAGUGAUCGCCGCUGAGUAUUCGAAACUCCGUUCGGAGGAGUCGAUAGAUUCCGACGUGGCCAGGACUCAACCAGUGACGGCCCGUACGUUGGAAACCUUGAUUCGAUUGGCAACCGCGCACGCGAAGGCGCGUUUGUCGAAAAACGUCACCGAGGAAGACGCUCACGCAGCGAUAGAACUGGUAGAGUUCGCCUACUUCAAACGAGUGUUGGAGAAGGAGAAGAGGAAACGAAGACGGCAGGACAGCGAGGGAAGCGCCGGUGACGAUCAGGCCGAGAGGAGGACGAAACGUACGAGGAGAACGGCGACGACGGCGACGGGUGAAGAGGAUCCGUACAGUUUCGACAGCGGCGACGAUGACGACAGCCACGUGGACGAGGCUGCGACCAGGAUCACUAGAUCCCAAAGGAAACCGGCCGAAACGAGUUCGUCGCGUCACGUCGAUUCCGACCGCGCCGACGAUCUGCCAGGAACCUCCGCAACUAUCACCGACGAGAGAUUCAAGGUGUUCCGAACGCUUCUCCAUAAGCUGUUCCAACGGGAAAGAGCGCAGUCGUUAUCGUUGUCGAGAGUACGGGAGUAUAUCAACAGCGAACAGACUCAGGAGUUCACGUCGAGCGAAAUUACCGCAGCAAUUACUAAAAUGUCCGAUGCAAAUCAAAUUAUGGCCGCGGACGAUAAUAUCUUCCUGAUGUAAACUGUAAGUCUGUCGUCUUGCUUUCUCGCGCUCGACGUACAACGUGCGUCGUGAGAAUCUAGACAGUAUUCUUCCUCUCAAUAAAUUAUACUUUUUAUACGAA